AUGACACGUGAUGAUCUUCAUGAUUCCCGUAAAGGAUAUAUGUUGAAAGAUAAAGUUAUUAUUGAAGCUGAAAUUCUUGAAGCUGAUGUCAGUGUACUUGUACGUAAGAUCUUCACGGAGACUGUUUGUGUCCCUGAGCAACCAGUCACUGGCACUGAGGCAAGCCAACCACAACAAUCAAAGGACAAGCAGGUGGCUGGGUGUGAAAAGGUUCCCCGGGCCAAGAAAGAAGGUGAGGCAGCUGCAAAUGUUAAGGCUGCCAUUGGGAAAGCUCAAGCGGUUGAGACUAUGUCCUUUUCGAUCCAAGGGAUACCUGAGGUUCAAAUUCCAGAUGAGGUACCCUAUGAUGGUCCUGGGAAUGGGUCAGACUUGGUACAAUGGCUCAACUUCAUGGUGCAGCGGAGAUGUGUUGCAUACUUGAACAAGCUAGUGGAGCGGUACCCUGACAGCCUUGCUCACUUUAGCUCACGGAGCCCCCUGGUGCAAGCUGGGCAUUUGGGGACUCUGGCCCUUCUCCUCUACACCGCUGAUACUAUUCCUGUUCGAGCGUGGAGCAAUGCUCUUCAUGAAAGAUUCCUUUCUUAUAUAGAAGACUUAAAGGAAGCUCAUGUUGAGCUCCCUUGGAUUGUGGAACGUUUUGCUUUGUUGCUUGGCCUAAGGGUGAGGUACCUUGCCAAGAUUGAGAUGGAAGAUGGAGAGCUUGAGGCAGAAAAACUGAGGCAAGAGAGUGCGGUGCUUCAGGCUAAGCUAGGAGUGCUUGAAGAAAAGAUUGCGGUGACCAAGGCCACGAUGGAGGCCAAAGAACACUUGCUGAGUGGUGUGAGUUUUGACUAUGCUUCAGACGAUCCCAUACUGUCUAGGCUUUUGUAG